ACCCCUUUCUUUUCUCGUGAGUUCUGAUAGAGUAUUCAUGCUUAUUUUUGUAAUGAUUGUUGUCAGAUCCUACCAUAUUGAAUUCUCUCAUACUCAGGAAUCAUAAAUUUUUCUUCCUAGUCUUCUGCAUUUGUAAUGAUUGAUCAUCAUUGUUUCAGGAAGUUAUGAUAAAACUUAGGCUUUAUGAAAGAUCAAACACUUGAUUUUUAGACUUCUGAUUCCCUGCUUGAUUACUCUAGUGUUGAUCAGAUUUAAUGUUGUUGCAGAUAUUUGAAAUUUACCGCAAUUGAUGCCAUGUUAUUAUAGAAGGAAAUUAAAUGUCCACAAAUGCUGCAGAUAAAUGUAGACAAUUACAGCUGAUUUACCAGUAAAAAACACUCUGUUGACCAAUAAUUAUUCAAAAAACUCAUUAGAUUAGAAAUAUGAGGAAUAGCUAUAUUUACUGAGAAACAUGAAAAAAUCGUUUUGGUUCAUGUUUUUGAUGAUCUCUGACUGUCAUUUGUAUUCUGAGUAGUAUCAGUAAAUCAGCUAUUGUUCUAGUUGCUUAUUUAUGUGCAUUCAUCUUGUUUUGUUUAUGUAUUCACACACUUGGCAGAUAAAAAAAAAGAAGUCAAUUUAAGUCGAUUCUAUGAACUUUGAGAAAGGUUUAUGUUGCAUCUAACAGUUGUUAGGUGGUGGAACUCAUGCCAACAAAUCAUUAUUAACCUAGAAAGAUUCAUCCAUUAUUGAACUCUCAAUACCAAUUCGUUUUCUUUUCCUCAACCUCUACACGGCGACUGUUCAACUCCAGAAUGACUAGAUUGCACAUCAGCAGAUGCUUAUUCAUACAAUUUUCUCAAAGUUGAUUGGGACGUCAACUUUAGGAAUGAGAGAGUUUUUUUAGGCAUGUCCUUGAAAUCUUCCAUCUCCAUUCAUGGAUAUUAUAACUAUCAGAUGAAGAGGAGCUUUCAUGUGCGUGUACAAAGCAUAGUGAAUACGUUCUUCUUUAACCUUCGUGUUUCCACAUUGCAUCUUUAACACACGGCUUCUCCAAUCAAUUCUUAUUAAGCUUGGAUGGUCCAUGCUUUGUGUUUUCAAUCAAUGGCAAGAAUCUGAUGUCUUAGAGAUUGGCCAAAAAGUUUUGAGGACGAUAUGGAGCCGGCGAAGGCGGCUCCGCUGCCUAAUUUUGGUGCAGUUGCUCGGACCGUCACCAAGAUCCUCCGCCUGCGCCGCUCUGCCGCCAGCUCUGCUGAAGGUGCCACCGUUGCUGCCGCCGGCAGUUUAGACGCAAUUGGCAAACUCAAGCUCUGUAGAGACUUCGGUGAUUACUCCGGCAUCCUCUUUGAAUCAUCCGGCGACGACGUCCUGAAACCUGAAAACGAGAAGAAGCAACAGAAGAAGGAUUCUUCGAGAGACCAGGAGGCCUUGGAGUCGUUCGUUGCCAACCUCUUCGCGAGCAUCUCCGCCUUCAAGGCCGCCUACGCCCAGCUGCAAGUGGCGCAGUCUUCGUAUGACCUGGACUUAAUACAGUCGACGGACGCCACCAUCGUCGCUGAACUCCGGCGGAUGUCUGAGCUCAAGCGGUCCUACUUCAGGAAUCAAUCCGACGGCUUCACGAAUUCAGUCCUGCAACCAGCUCUCGCCGCACAGCUCCAGGAGUUUCGCAACCUCACCAAGACCUACAAAGUCACCACGCGGAAGCUGGAGGACGAAAUCGAGCUCAAAGAAUCCGAGAUCGACGCUCUCCGAGCCGAACUUCUCGAAUUCGAAAGAAAGGGGCGUGUUUUUGAGGCCAAGCUCCACCCCAAUCGCUCCCUCGCUGCUCUCGACGCCCUCCACCUCUCUGGCGUCAAUCCCACUCACUUCCUCACCGUUCUGCGCUACACCUUCAAAGCGAUUCGAUCCUUCGUCCAGUUGAUGGAAAAGGAAAUGGAGUCUGCCGGUUGGAAUCUCGAUGCCGCCGCAGGCUCGAUCCAAGCGGAUGUCCUUAACCGGGGAAAGCCCGGUCACAGGACCUUCGCUUUCGAGUCCUACGUCUGCCGGAGGAUGUUCUCCGAUUUCUCCCAACAAAAUUUUGGCCUUUCGGUUUUGGGGGAAUGCUCGACGUGGGAUCGAAGGAAGUUCUUCAACGAAUUCACCCAGGUAAAGUCUCUCUUAAUGAACCAUAUCCUCGACGGCCCGCGGCCAUCGCCUCUGGCGCAGUUCUGCAGGGCGAAGUACUUGUCACUUGUGCGACCGAAAAUGGAAUCGGCCUUCUUCGGCGACCAGAAAAAGAGAGCGGCGGUGAGCUCCGGCAAGGACUCACCGGACUCGGAGUUCAUCGCUGGGUUCGCCGAGAUGGCGCGCCGAAUGUGGCUCCUACACUGCCUCUUCUUCUCGUUCGAGGCCGAGAUCGAGCGGUCGAUCUUCCAAAUCAGGAGAGGCAGCCGAUUCUCGGAGGUGUACAUGGAGAGCGUGACAGCGGCGGAGGACAAGGAUUGUGCCGGCGAGGCCGCGGUCGGGUUCACUGUGGUUCCCGGCUUCAGGGUCGACCGAACGCUGAUCCAGUGCAAGGUCUACUUGAUCUCAGAGCCGCAUCGACGGUCAUAAUCAGGUAAUCGGACGGAUGCGUAAGCGGUACGUUGGUAUUGUAAUUAAUGUUUUUGGUAGACCAUCCCCAGAUGGGUAAAUGGUGAGAUUUGCCUCGAUGACCGUAUACAAAGUGCCAUGGCAAUGUUUUAGUUUUUCUUGUACCAUGGAGUAAUCAUUAAGCAUGCGCACACGAUUGUUAAUGA